AUGGCGUUCUUCUUGCGCCGGCCCUUCGCCGUACCAACGGCCCUCCGACAGGUGCCGAAAUCCGCGAAUACCGCUCGCUUCAUCCACAGCUCUCCGUUUAAGCCCGCUCAACCCAAGCCUCUCAGUCCCGCCUCUUCUUCCAUAUUCGCCAAGUCAAGGCAGACCUUCCAGAAUGCCUUCCGUCGCAGCUACAUGCAGCAGACCGCCAAUGCUUCUCAGGGCGACUUGACCUCGAAGCUGAUCUAUGGCGCAGCUAUCGUUGGUGGAACUAUCUUGGCGACGAACUUCGUCUUCAACCGCGAGACUCGGGAAGACGGUGGAAUGCCCGCCUUUGAACGGGCUUACCUGAACGAAACCUUCAUGCACACUGGACUUGGUAUCGGAAUCAUUGGUAUUGCUGCUCGGGCUCUGCACUCCAGCGGGUGGACUUAUCGUCUCAUGGCUACGAACCCUUGGCUUGUUGCUGGUGUUGGACUUGUUGCCAGCAUGGGAACUAUGUUCGGAACUUACUACACCUCGCCUAACAACUACGUUCAGAAGUACGCUCUUUGGACUGGUUUCAACAUCACCCAGGCUGCUCUUCUCGCGCCCCUGAUGUUCAUGAACCCGGCUAUACUCGCUCGUGCUGGCCUCUACACCGUGGGAAUGAUGGGCUCCAUUGCCUUCGUCGGCGCGACCGCUAAACAGGAGAAGUACCUGUACCUGGGUGCUCCUCUUCUUGCCGGUGUGACUAUUGUCGCCCUCUCCGGAUUUGCGCCCCUUGUCCUCCCCGCCACCGCUACCCGUGCCCUGAUGUGGUCUGAGAACAUUUGGCUGUACGGUGGUCUUGCUGUCUUCGGAGGUUUCACUCUUUACGAUGUCCAGAAGGUCCUGCACCACGCCCGCAUGUCUGAGCGGGGCCUUCUCCAAAAGGAUGUUGUCAACGAGUCUAUUAGCCUCGAACUGGACUUCAUCAAUAUCUUCAUCCGCAUGGUUCAGAUUCUGGCCCUGCGAAACAACAACCGGAGGUAG